CUUGCCAAGACACAAAAAUAUUUCAUCAAAACAUUCUAACAAGUUCCGAGUGAAACAAUGUCGACUCAAGGUGCAGGAAGCGGUAACACUAAGGUCGGAGACAUUCAAGGUGGAGGAAGCGGUAACACUAAGGUCGGAGACAUUCAAGGUGGAGGAAGCGGUAACACUAAGGUCGGAGACAUUCAAGGUGAACGAAGUGGUAACACUAAGAUCGGAGACAUUCAAGGUGAAGGAAGCGGUAACACUGACGUCGGAAACAUUCAAGGUAAAGGAAGCGGUAACACUGACGUCGGAAACAUUGAAGGUGGAGGAAGCGGUAACACUAAUAUCGGAAACAUUGAAGGUGGAGGAAGUGGUAACACUGACGUCGGAAACAUUGAAGGUGGAGGAAGCGGUAACACUCAUGUCGGAAACAUUGAAGGUGGAGGAAGCGGUAACACUAAGGUCGGAAACAUUGAAGGUGGAGAAAGCGGUAACACUAAGGUCGGAAACAUUGAAGGUGGAAAAAGCGGUAACACUAAGGUUGGAAACAUUCAGGGUGGAGGUAGCAGGAGCAGUAGCACUCAGGCGGGGAGAGUGGGAACACUCAAGGCGGAGCUGGAGCUGGACAUUCUCAUGACAGAAACACUCAAGAUGGAAUUUUUCGUAGUGCCAAAAAUGAAUUAAUUAAAGUGGACAUCAGCAUUAGUAUCCCAAAAACUUUUUAAUCAAAUUCAAGCGCUUGUCAUAUUAUAUUAUGUAAGGGAAUAAUCGGUGCUUGUUUUUCUGUGUGAAAGGUGAGGAUAGUUAGAAGCAUGAUUGCUCCUAAUGUAUGACUCACAAAAUAAUAAAAGCUUUAAUGUUGUUUGUAUACUUUGCAUAAGUGAUCUUUAAUUUAUGCAAUACUAUUUCUAGUGAAA